AUGGCGUGGCGGAAAGAAGAUUCAAAGCCAGGACAGUGCUGGCACAGCUUGUUUGGCAACCCUAUUGUCGUCAAAGGGUAUCCAAUGUCACAACGCCCAAAAUGCAAUACCGGAAUCGAAAUACCACUUCAGAUGGCGGCCGCAUUUAUAGCAGCUCCAAGGCUGCACCGUUUUCUGGGACACUACUAUCUCAAAGGCUUCUCCGCAAUACUCAUUGCUGUGGAGGUUGUGAGAAAUGUUGUCCUGUGGCAUCAUUGGUACAACCCUACCGGGAAGAGAAUCUCGUAUCUAGACGCUGCUACAGCGGAAGGCAAGAUUGAGAUAAGCUUGGAAGACUUGCGUUCUCGAAGACACGUAGGUUGGUGUUCUGAGGCACUGUGUAUGGCUGGAGACAAAAGUGCUAAGUAUCAGAUUGGAAGCUCCAGGCUACCUUGUCCGAGCCGCGAGUUCUCUCUCGAGAAAGUGUCAUUUUCAGUGGGACAGAUUGUGACUGGCGGAUGUCAAUUUAGCAUUGGCAAGAAAGAUGUCCCUCCUCACAUAACUAAACAGGGUUAUAUUGCCAAGCUAAGGCGGAUAGAUCAGAAAUAUGUUGUCAUGUGGGAUGAAGAGGACAAACGGGCCUGGCUUGUUAAAGGAACCGGGGCCUUGCUGCACUUAGAGCGUCACUAG